AUGAUGUUUGGAGCCAUCGUCAGUACUCUCGAUCCUUUCAUCACUGCAUCUCAGCUACACAGUCUUGGAACAGCCAAGCCUCUAAUUCUGAUUAUAGAGGGCGAGUCUUUGUUUACUGACGGCACCGCCUUCAUCACAUUUGAAGUGUUUAAAGAUCUCGCCACUCAUCAGAUCAACGCUUCAUAUUUCACUGUGAAACUGGUUCUGAAGGUUUUGGGGAGUCCUCUUAUUGGAUUUAUUAUGUCAAAGAUUGUUACCUUUUGGCUGUCACACGUCUUCGAUGAUGGGCUCAUAGAAAUAACGAUCAGCCUCGCCAUGACCUACAUCUCAUUUUAUCUGGCUCAGUGGUUGGACAUGUCUGGAGUUAUUGCAGUUCUUAUAAUGGUGCUUCUGCUGGACACGAUCACCUUCAGUCCUGAAAUUGAAGUCUUCCUGUUACGAUUCUGGGAGAUGUUGACGUUCCUGGCCAACACUCUUAUCUUCUUCAUCAGUGGCAUCGUCAUUGCCCAGGCAUUUCAUAACGUGGCUUUUAGCUGGUGA